GCGGCGAGCGCAGGCGGGGCGGCGGACUGAGGCGCACGGGUCGGACGCGGCGCCAUGCGCGGCCCCCCGGCCUGGCCGCUGCAGCUGCUCGUGAGGCGGGGCCUGGCCGCCCGCGCCCUCUGGACCCGGCCGCCGCCAACGCGCCUGGGGCCGGCAUGGCCUGGGGGCGCGGGGCCGGCGCUCCUUGCCGGUGGCGGGGCCGUGCGAGGCCCGCGGCGCUGGGCGAGCGGCUGCCCCGGCGGGGGCCCCGCGGCCGGCGCAGGCCUGGCGCGGCUCCUGGCGUUGUGGGCGCGCCCCCCCGGGCCCUCCUGGUGCUGGGCGCUCGCCAGGCCCGGCGCCCCCCGGUUCCUGCGCGCUGCGCUCCCGGGCGGCCCAGCGGUGGCCGCGCGGGCCGGGGGCGAGGCUUGGCGGCGCGAGCCGGCCUUGCCUGCGGUCGGGGCGACCCCUGGACACGACCUGCUGCAGCGGCCCGCGGCUGCCGGGCGUUCAGAGGCCCAGAAGCUCCUGAGGCUGGCGCAGCCCGAGCGCCGGCGGCUGGCAGCUGCGGUUGGGUUUCUGACAGUGUCCAGUGUCAUCACCAUGUCCGCCCCCUUCUUCCUGGGGAAGAUAAUCGACGUCAUUUACACAAACCCCUCUGCAGACUACAGCUCCAGCCUGACGCGCCUCUGCCUGGCGCUUGGCGGCGUGUUCCUGUGCGGCGCCGCGGCCAACGCCGCCCGCGUCUACCUCAUGCAGACAUCAGGUCAGCGCAUCGUGAAUAGGUUGAGAGCUUCGCUCUUUUCCUCGGUUCUGAGGCAGGAGGUCGCUUUCUUUGACAAGACGCGCACAGGAGAGCUAAUCAACCGCCUGUCCUCGGACGCGGCCCUGCUGGGGCGCUCCGUGACGGAGAACCUCUCGGACGGGCUCAGGGCCGGAGCCCAGGCCUCCAUUGGUGUGGGCAUGAUGUUUUUUGUCUCCCCUAAUCUGGCCACUUUUGUUUUGAGUGUGGUGCCUCCAAUAUCCAUCCUUGCUGUGCUUUAUGGCCGAUACCUACGGAAACUGACCAAAGUCACUCAGGACUCCCUGGCGCAAGCCACUCAGCUAGCUGAGGAACGUAUUGGAAAUAUAAGAACUGUUCGAGCUUUUGGGAAAGAAAUGACUGAAAUAGAGAAAUACACCAACAAAGUGGACCAUGUGAUGCAGUUAGCAAGGAAAGAGGCAUUUGCUCGGGCUGGCUUCUUUGGAGCAACCGGGCUCUCUGGGAACCUGAUUGUGCUCUCUGUCCUGUACAAAGGAGGGCUGCUGAUGGGUAGUGCCCACAUGACAGUGGGUGAACUCUCUUCCUUCCUAAUGUAUGCUUUCUGGGUUGGAUUAAGCAUUGCAGGUAUGAGCUCCUUCUACUCAGAGCUGAUGAAGGGACUGGGUGCUGGGAGCCGCCUCUGGGAGCUCCUGGAGAGAGAACCGGAGCUUCCUUUCAAUGAGGGGGCCAUUUUAAACGAGCAGAGCUUCCAGGGCGCUCUGGAGUUCAGGAACGUGCACUUUGCCUAUCCAGCUCGCCCAGAGGUGCCCAUAUUCCAGGAUUUCAGCCUUUCAAUCCCGUCAGGAUCCAUCACAGCGCUGGUUGGCCCAAGUGGUUCUGGCAAAUCAACAGUGAUUUCCCUCCUGCUGAGGUUGUACGACCCCAACUCUGGAACUGUCAGUCUUGAUGGCCAUGACAUCCGUCAGCUAAAUCCAGUCUGGCUGAGAUCCAAGAUUGGGACAGUGAGUCAGGAACCAAUUUUGUUUUCUUGCUCAAUUGCGGAGAACAUUGCUUACGGUGCAGACGACCCUUCCUCGGUGACCGUGGAGCAGAUAGAGAAAGUGGCUGAUGUAGCCAAUGCAGCUGCUUUCAUCCAAAAUUUCCCUCAAGGAUUCAACACUGUGGUUGGAGAAAAGGGCAUUCUCCUCUCAGAGGUGUUUCCAGAUUCCCAGUGGUGUCCCACUGGGGAAUACUCAGCCAUGGCAGCUUUCUCUCAUCUGAGAAAAGAUAAGUUUUGCAACUCGAUCCUUGAAAAUUGUAGAAAAUAAGACAGCGCAGAUGGCAGGAUGGUUUGUCCAGGGAGACAGAGACUAAAUCAGUGCAGAUGUGCAGCUGGAGGAGUUCUUCAUUCCCCACUUUGUAGGUUACGUGUAGACCCAGGACUGACAGACUUCUCUGUAAAGGGCCAGAGAGCGGAUGAUUUACAUUUGUGUGCCACACAUGGUCUCUGUCACAGCCUUAUUAUUAUUAUUCUUAACAACUCUUUUAAAACAUAAAAACCGUUCUUAGCUUGAGGCUGUGCAUAGCCAGGCCCUGGUCCGUACCUGGCCCAGGUGGAGUUCACUGUGCCCUGACCUGGGCGAAUGGGGGCUUGUGAGGCUGAGGCACCCUUGGGGCCCACGGUAUUGGCUCACCCUGCAGGUCAGAUCAUGUUUGGGGGCGCGGUUUCCAGGAGGGAAAGAGAAACAGUUCUGUUGCUUUCGAGUGCAGAAGUGGGACCGAUGAAUAGAGAAGUAAAUUUUUGGUUAAACACAGAUUUUUUUUGUUACAAAUAUUCAACUGUACUGUGUUUCAUGACGAGCUCUGUCACUGGAUGUGUCUGAGCAGGGGAUGGAGGCUUCCAUGUCAGAGUGAAGGCUGCCAGGUUGGGCUGGAGCAGGAGUCCUUUCCAACACUAAACGUUUUGCUUGAACUUAGACUACAGACAGUUUAACACAAAAAUGUUUUACGUUUGUUGUGUAUGAUUUGUUUAAACUAUAGGCAGUGGAUGAAAAAACAUUUUUGAUAGAUUGGGGAAGUUGCGGGAGUAGGACUGCUACUGCGUCUCUGGAACAGGUGUGUCCUUGGGCAGGACGCCAGUUUGAGCUGCUGGUGGUGAAAUUACUGAGAUGGAGGCAAGGGGUUGGGAGUUACCUGUGCUCUGUCCCACAAGCACAGCACCUGCUCCCUUGGAACAGGUUCUGCAUGUCCUUCCCUUUAACCAGGAUUCUCAAGCUCCACCUCCCAGUGAAAUAAGCAAAGGUUUCAGUCCACCCCGGAGGAAGGGUGGGCCUCUAGCAGUAGACCCCCCAUGUGCUCAUUGGCACCGGGGAUUUUCAGAGCUGACCCAUGCUGAGCACUCAGACCCCUGCCAACCAGAGGGGUUCAGAAAGAAAGGGCUUCUCCUCCUUCCCUCGUCGUGAGGGUGGGGUUGCCUGGUUAAGGACAGCUUUUAGCAGCGCCACCCAUUUCAGUUUAAAUGAUUAACUUCUCUUAGAUGAAAUAAUAAGUAUGUUCAGCUAAUAAAAUCAACCAAAAAGGAAUGUUUUCAUCACCAAAAGUGGAAUUGAGUUUUCUAACAUGAACUAAGUUGGGAGGAGUGAGUUGAGUCCUGCUCUGAGACGUCACCAGUUGUAACUUAGGAUAAUGUCCCUGGAGGAAAGGAGAGGGUGGGGUGCAGCAGAGAUGAGGAGGGGAGUUAUCACCCAUCUGUCCCUUCCACAUUUCCCCCCCACCCCCCACCCCUUGCACUGAGUAGAAUUUAAGUUUUACAAAGAUUGGGUGGAGGUUAGAGUGGUGUCCUCUAUCUGUUGCCCCCAGUUUCAUAUACGCACAAACCUACCACGUGUGCCGGGUGCUCCCUGGGGAGCGGGAAAAAGAACCACGUGAGAGUGGAAGUAUGGAGCAGAGUUCUGGGUGAAAAGUAGAGUUACCAGUCCCCGCUCCCUGUGGCCUUUGUUCCUGUCCAUUUCACAUACCACUCUGAAACCUCUGACUCUCUUGAGUUUCCCGUUCGUUUCCUACUACAAGCAGUGCUCUGUUAGGGGAGGCGGCACGUGUGUGGGGAAAAGCACACUCCACUGUUCAGACCUCGGCUCUGCCACUGACCAGCUGUGAGGCCUCUUGCAGCGUAUUUGUGCCUCAGUUUUUCAUCUGUAAAAAGAGAAUCAUUAUAGUAUCUACUUCAUAGGCUUGUUUUUGAGAUGAAAUAAUACAUGUAAGGCAUUUAAGAAAUGCCUGGUACACAGGAAUUCCUCAACGUUAGCCAUGCUGGUAGUUGUUACUAUGAAUCUUGAGAUUGAUGAGGAAACACUGUCAUAUUUAAAGCAUAGGUUUCUGUUCUCCCAUCUGUCUCAACUAUGACUGCCUGGGAGAAGCUACCUUCAAAUCACCAUGUGGCCUAACAGAAAAGCCUGUUACCAAGAAUUUUUGUUAAGGUCUUCAAUUUAAAAAUACAUUUAUUGUCA